AUGCCGCGUCGCGUGCAAGACUUGGACGUUGAGGACCGGAAAAUGGAGGCUGAUGAAGAGAAGGUUUUUUUAAAAUGAAAAAAACUAUCGUUUAGGGAUAAUUUUAAACUUUUAUAAGAAAAAAAUCAAUAUUUUUUUGGCGCACUUGUACUUUCGCGAUUUAAAAAAAUAGAAGAAUUGAAAAAAACCGUUCAAAAAAAUAAAUUUUUAAAACAAAAUAAAUAAAAUUAACAAAAAAAUUUAAAGUUUCGUUGUGUAGUAUCAGUCCAAUGAACCAAUAUUUAUGUAGAAAAACCACAUUUUUUUAGUCCAUUUCAUUAUUUUUUUGACGCACUUUCCUUCUCCUUUUUUUUCGAGUUUUUCAACUUUUUAUGAAAAAAUUAUAAUUAGAUUUCGCAAAAAUUGGAAAUACUUUCAUCAAUUUUUUGAAAAAAUAUCGAAAAAUAGACUAUUUUCAGAAUCUCAUCCUAAUCGACCAAAUUAAAAAAUCCUUGAAACUUUAUUUUUAAAUUUUAAUCUGAGCCAGAAACCGCAAUUAUCAACUUGAUAAUCCUCGGACCUCGCAACUGUCCAAAACGGUGGCCCUCGAAAUUUUGUUGUCUUUUCGGAUUGGCGGCUCUCUUUUUUCGCCGAGCAGAAACUGAGAUGAGAUUGGUCAAAUUGUCGGAAUUUUUGGGCUCCUGGAGGUGAUUAAGGGAAAUAAAAAGAUCAAUUUUGAGCUUCUUCAGCUUCUUGAAGGCUCAAGGGAUCACUAUAGAGAUCACAAAUGAGACUGACCGUGAGUGUUGUACAAGUCGGAUAGGUGGAUAAUGGCCGCUAAAAGGGAGAGGCUCAAAAAAGGCCGCAAAAAGGCUGCAAAAAGGCCGCAAAAAGCCAGCAUAAAGAUUCCCUUCAUCAAGCCUUCCAUUUUUUCCGAGAUUUUAAAGUCUUAAAAAAAGGUGGAAUAAGGGAGAGGCAGCAAAAAAUGGUGCACAAGAGCCGAUGAAAUGGCGCAAAAAGGCAGCAAAACAGGAGCCUUUGUCAACCUUAAAGGAACAUUUAUAUGAAGCCUUUUCCUCCCUUUCCGACUUUGCCUAUGCAAAAGUUGGAAAAAAAAAUCAGGAUUAUUACUUUUAGAAAAAAAAAAACGAAAAUUUCAAAGUUAGAGUGGCCUUUUUAUCAUCUUUUUAAACAGUAAAACCAUUUUUCCUUUUUUUCCAUCAAAAACUUCCCUAAAUUGGACACGAAACAACAAAAAAAUUGAUUCAAUUUUGAGAUCUCAAUCAUGGAUAAUUCUUCGUUUCUACUAAUUGAAUCAAGAAUUAUUUUCAGGUCUAGAUAAAGAUCUUCCUUUUCCAAAUUUGCGCGAAAUUUCUAUUGAUCAAAAAAAUUUGAAAAAAAUGGGAAUUUUUGGUCUGACUGAUUGUAAAAGGGAAUCAAAACGAAAAUAUUGAAGAUUUCAAGGAGAAUUUUUCGUUUUACUCAACUUUAUGAUGAGAGAUAAAGAGAGCGCAGACGGUUAGAAAAUUUUUUUUUGAAUUUUUCUUUAGUUGGUGUGAAGCUUCCGACCAGUUGAAAAAAAUGUACUAAAACGAAGCUUUGAAAGUUUCAAAAAAAAUUUUUUCCUCCUCAUGUUUACUUCUUGAGAUGAGAGAACAAGAGAGCCCAGACGGUCAGAUCAUUUUUUUUCUGAAUUUUUUCAGUUGAUUUCAACUAGUUGAAAGAGGUAUUGAAAUGAAGCUUUGAGCGUUUCAAAAAAAAAAUUUUCAUGUUUUUGUCUGAGAUCAGAGAACAAGAGAGCCCAGACGGUCAGAUCAUUUUUUACAAAAUUCAGAAAGUGCCCCGGAUGAUCGACGACGGCGAGAAGAUCGAGAUGAAGCGCGUCAACGGCGACGGCGACGACGAGACUCCUCAAAAAGUCAAGAAGAAAGUCGUCAUUCAGGUUAGCUGUGCAGGGAAUGGACUAGUGAGUUCUGGGAGAUGAUGACAAAAAAUUAGUGUUGAACUUAUUUGGAUCCCCUCGGAGCGGGAGGUACAAAAAGACCUUGAGAAGUGGUGGAGGGGACUUUUUUUUCGCAGAUCUUAGGUUACGGUAUUUUUCGUUCCGCUAUGAACCUAAAGAAAUGGUGUUUUUUCACGGUGCUGAUGUAACUAAAGUGGCCACUGGGAAGGGCUUUUUGGAACUUGUCCCCUUAUAGUGGUCACUUCGUUCUGUAGUUCAAAAAGUUCAACUCGGACUGAAAUCUUAGAAUUUCUAGAUCCUAAUGAAAUUCGAUAGAUUUCAUUUUUCCCUAAUUUUUCCCAUGUUUAUAACUUAUAAACGUGAUGAUGCUAUAUUUUAAAGAUUUGAAGAGCCAUUUUCUGAAAAACUGAGCGCGUCGCGGUCGCGUAGCGGUUCCCGUCGAGCGCUGGCUUAUAAAAAAAUAAAAUAAAGAUGUUUUUUUAUUCAAGAAACUUAAUAUAACUUUUUUUAAAGUUCUAAAUACGUGGUCUUCCUUCCUUUCUGCACUGUUAAUAACGAACUAUCCUUCCGCUUUUUUUCGAAAUAAUCCAGUCUAAUCAGCUGAUUUGAGUUCAAAAAUAAUGAUGAAAUAGUUUUGUGGCCUUUAAAAGACCUACUUGAAGGUUCCGUCGAAGAAAUACGGUUUCUCUUUCACUUUUUGAUUUUUUUUUUUAUUUUGCAACACCGUUUUGGGCUUUCUAUGGUUUUUUUCUAGUAUUUUUUUCCUUGGACUACUAAUAUAAAAAAAAUUUUUUGACAGAAUUUUCGUUGAAUUUUUCAAAGUUUAGUGGAACUUUGAAUGGUAGAUAAAAAAAGGAACAGUACAAAUUUUUUUAAAAAAAUAUUGAUUAAAAUUGAAAUUCGCCUCCUAAGGCUUCCUAAGAAAAAGUGAAUUCUUUUUACCUUUCUAAAGUUUUUCAAAAAAAUGCCUGAAUAAAUCUUGAUGAACCAGAUGAAGCUUCUGAAGUUCUCAACCUAUAAAACUUCUUUAUUUUUAUGGAAAAAUGGCUUAAUGUGUCAAAAAAUGGCCUAUUUUAACGAAUUCUGAUCAAUUUUUUGCCUUUUCUCGAAAAAUUGAAAAACGUGCAGAUUGAAACUUGCAAAGAAAUCCGGUGGUAUGAAAAAACCACCAGCGAAAAUUCAAACGGCGACUUUUCCAAUUUUUUCAUAUCGCUAGGGAACUUUCCGACGGCCACCUUUCCGACGAAUCUUUUUCCGACUUUUUUCCCUUAAGUUUUUCGGUUUAUAAAACAUCUAUAAACAUUGUUUUUUUCUAUUUCUUUGUGUUUUAAUCAUUAACCAACUACCUACUUUAUAUAGGGAGAUUUAAAACGAAAAGUUUAUCGAGAAAAAAAGUCGGAAAAAGAUUCGUCGGAAAGGUGGCCGUCGGAAAGUUCCCUAGCGAUAUGAAAAAAUCGGAAAAGUCGCCGUUUGAAUUUUCGCUGGUGUUUUUUUCAUACCACCAGAAAUCCAUAAAGUAAGAUCGAUCAAUUUAUAAAAACAGUUUCAAAAACCUCCGUUGAAGCCAUUUUUACUGCUAAGGACAGAUGUUUUUUUUUUGAAAGGUUUCCUGGGAGGCUUCUAAAUUUUUACGAAACCCUAAAGCUUCUGGUUAGCUUUGGACUAUUUCCUAGCUCAACAAAAAAACCAUCUUCGAUAGAAAAAAAUGGUAAAAACCAGAGUACAUGGAGAAGUUGAACGAUCAAAAGAUCUAGCGAAAAGUAUAUAUACUUUUUCUGAAACAUAUCUUACCGAGGUUAACAUUUAUGCUGUUUUCGUGAGGUUUUUUCAAUAUUUAUUCAGUCUCUAAGCAGUUUUGGACUUCCUCCUAGCUCUUAUAAACAGAAAAAAGCACCAUGAAAAGUUCUAGAAAAUUUCAUAGGGUUGCAAUAAAUGAAAAGUUCGAUUUUGUACAUAUUCUGAGGUCAAGGUCGAUUUUUAUGCUGUUCCUACCAUUUUUGUAGCCCCUGGUCAGCUGUGUAGCCCAUAAAAAGCAUGGUAAUGUCAUAUGUUAAAAGAAAAAAAAAAGAGGAAAGCAGCCGUCCAAAAAUGCGGGUGACAGUGAUCUGCCAAGACAGGUCGAAGUAUCAGCGACGAUCGUUUUGCCUUGGGAGGUGUCUUUCCGCCAGCCAGCCAUUCUUUCAUCUUUCCUUCCAUCUCUCCCACCUCUCUGUCCUGUCUCCUUAUGA